CUUUGCCAGCUGGUGGCGAUAGAAUGAUGAAUGUCAUCACAAUUUUUGUAUUACUCGCACACCUGACGACAAAUAUCUUGGGCUCUCCUUAUCACCUAAUGCACAAACGAGAGAAGUUCUGCGGCCCCAAAUUGACUGAAAUGAUGACCCUGGUAUGUGGAGGCAUUUACAACUCACCUCAAAAAAAAUCGCCGUUUGACUUAUUCAGCGGCUACGCCGAUUACUACGAAAAUAACGAAAGCAGUGAAAACAUGAUACCCGAUGAGGAGCCAGAUUUUCCCUUUGUAAGAAAAGCACUAGCUAAAUCGCUGUUGUCCAACCAAAAACGGGACGGUGGUAUCGUGAACGAAUGUUGUGAAAAAUCGUGUACUCUGAAGGAAAUGAGAAUGUAUUGUGGGAGAUAACAAGCCACUUUCGACUACCGGAAAUUGACCUGUUUAAAAACCGACUGCAUUUUUAUGAGCCUAAUAUGUUGAGUUUUGAGCAGUGCCAACGAAAACAAAUUUUAAUCGACAUUGUGAGUUUAUUUUGUGUCCGAACCGCGCCUGCAUUAGUAUAAAAUUAAAAAAAAAGAGACGGUGUAGAAAGCAGAAAAUCACACUGUUAAAUUUUGUAACGCAAAUAUUACCAAUAAACAUGUUUGUUAUAUAAAUAUAUAUUUCAUCACU